AUGGCGUUUUACUUAUCACUUGCGAAAUCAUCGGUACAAUGCAUGUCGCUGGCCAGGCCUUGGAAAUUCACAGGACUACGCUGCAUAACACCCAGCCAUCCCAAAAGUUACUCUAGUUCAUCAAUAUUGGCACCAACAGCUACCUCAUCAUCUACUCUCCUUGGUCCACCGCAGAUCUACCUUUUCCGACCCAAAACUGAUCAUGACAUCGUCCCACCACCGCCUUCUCCCAGCCACCCAUUCGUUGAUGCAAUGGUCUCAAGCUUUAACUCCACUACCAUCCCAAAUGCACCACCCAUGAUGGGUUACACUGAAAACAAUUCUCCUACCUAUCUCUCAACCGGCAACCCUUGUCUCGAUUUUUUCUUCCAUGUAGUCCCUGACACGCCACCAGAAUCUAUAACCCGACGCCUGCAACUGUCAUGGGACCACGACCCGUUGAAAACUUUGAAACUAAUUUGCAACCUUCGUGGGGUUCGUGGUACUGGAAAAUCAGAUAGAGAAGGGUACUAUGUGUGCGCAUUGUGGCUUCAUGAAAACCAUCCCAAGACUCUUGCCUGCAAUGUGCCUUAUUUGGCAAAAUUUGGAUACUUUAAAGACUUGCCAGAGAUACUUUACCGACUUCUAGAAGGAGUUGAUGUUCGGGUAAAGGAAAAAGCGGAGCAUAAGAAACGAAAACCUUGGAAGAGAUAUGGCCGUUGGAUUACGGCACGAACCAAAAGGAGUGAUGAUGAUUCAUCAGAUGCAGAGAAAAAUGCCUCAAGAGAAAAAAGGAUUAUGGAAGAGAUGAAGAGGGUGGAGAUGGUGAAAUUAAAUGCAAGCAAGCUUAGAAAAGAGAAGAGGGUUAUGAUGGCUACGAAAGCUGUUGAACGGUAUAACAGUGACCCGGAUUACAAGUUGUUACACGAGAGUGUUUCAGAUCUUUUCUCUGAGCAUAUGCGAUCUGAUAUGAAGAACUUGGCACUAGGGAGGUUGAGAAAAAUAAGUCUAGCUGCCAAGUGGUGUCCGUCGAUUAAUUCAUCUUUCGACAAAUCAACUUUGAUAUGCGAAAGCAUCGCAAAAAAAGUGUUCCCACGUGAAGAGUACCCUGAAUAUGAGGGUGUAGAAGAAGAACAUUAUGCUUAUCGUGUUCGUGACCGGCUAAGGAAGCAAGUUUUGGUGCCUCUUCGAAAAGCUUUGGAGCUACCAGAGUGUUUCAUUUCAAAGAAUGAAUGGGACUUGGUCCGGUAUAACAGAGUAGCUUCACUAGCAAUGCAACUCUACAAGGAGAGGUUUCUAGAACACGAUGAAUGGAGGUUUAAAGAGUUCCUUGAUGAUGUGAGGUCGGGUAAGGCCAAGAUCGCGUCCGGUGCAUUGCUACCACACCAUAUCAUAUCAUCUGUGAAACAUGGCGAUGAUGAUCAGGUGGCAGAGCUUCAAUGGAAAAGAAUGGUGGAUGAUAUGGCAAAGAAAGGAAAGUUGAACAACUGCUUGGCAAUAUGUGAUGUUUCAGGUAGCAUGGAAGGGACUCCUAUGGAGGUUUCUGUGGCUCUCGGACUUCUUGUUUCUGAACUAAGCGAGGAGCCGUGGAAAGGGAAACUUAUUACGUUUAGUGAAAAUCCAGAAUUGCAUAUGGUGGAAGGAGAUGAUCUGAGCUCAAAGAUUAAAUUCGUGGAAAACAUGCAAUGGGAUAUGAACACUGAUUUCCAAAAGGUGUUUGAUCUGAUUCUUGAAGUGGCAACGAAUGCAAGGUUAACAGAAAACGAGAUGAUCAAGAGGGUGUUUGUAUUUAGUGACAUGGAAUUUGACGAAGCUUCACAGAAUCCAUGGGAGACGGAUUAUCAAGCGAUUCAGAGGAAGUUUACUGAGAAAGGAUAUGGAGGAGCGGUGCCAGAGAUAGUGUUUUGGAAUCUUAGAGAUUCACAGAGUACUCCAGUGCCAGGGAAGCAGAAAGGGGUGGCACUUGUUAGCGGGUUUUCAAAGAAUAUAUUGAAGCUGUUCAUAAAAGAUGGAGGGGAUAUAAACCCUGAGGAUGUGAUGGAGAAAGCCAUUUCUGGGAAGGAGUAUGAGAAACUGGUAGUGGUUGAUUAACCUCAAUGAAUCGCAUAUAUAAAAGAGUCGUAGCAUUUACACACAGUUGAUUAUUGUCAUAUGAUAUUUUUAUUUACCUUGAGAAAUACAGUGGCUGCCUUAAGCACUAAUGC